AUGCCGCCCGGGAGUUGCGCGCGCUGCCGGCAGCACAAGGAGUAUGGCCACCGGGAUGUGGAUAGCCUCUAUUGGUACUGCGAGGACUGCUGGCUCACAUUUUGCGGGCGCAGACGGCGCUGUGCCGUCUGCCGCACCUUGAAGGACGAGGGCCAUGUGGACCAGGUCCUGGACUACUGGUACUGCCUUCCUUGCUGGGAUCGGCGUGGCCCACCACCACCUGGUUAUGGCCCAGCACCUGCAUACUGGCCUCCACCCCCCGGUGCUUAUGCAACCAUGGCAUCCCCUCCGGGUGGCUACCCGCCUCCAGGAGGCUAUCCGGGUCCGCCGCCGAUCUACCCCUACCCACCCCCCCACAGCGCCCGGUCUGCGAGAAGAUCGGAAUCCGGGUCUCGGAGUCGAUCUCGCUCGCGUGGCAAAGGGGCCCGCAGGCGGAAGCCUAGUGGGGCGGCAGGCUUCAAGAAGGAGUUCAAGCCUUACCAUGCCACCAGCGUACCGAAGGACACAGACCUUGCAGCCAACGCAACUGAUGACGAGCCCCCUACAACUGCGAUGUUGCGGAACAUCCCCAGCAAGUUUACGCAGGUGUCGUUGUUGGAGGAGAUCGACGCGGAGGGCUUUGGCGGGUUAUACGACUUCUUCUACCUUCCCAUGGAUGUGCGAAACAAGACGAACGUGGGCUAUGCCUUUGUCAACUUCUUGCAGCCGGAUGAUAUGACGCGGUUCUCCGAGCACUUCAACGAUUAUCGGUUCAAGAACAACAACAGCACAAAGAUCGCAGCGGUGAGUCCAGCGCACGUGCAAGGAUUGAAGCGGAACAUUCAGCAGCUUUCCAAAAAGGCAGUCCUCCACUUCAACAAAGGCCAAUACAAGCCGGUGGUGUUCCGAAACGGUGAGCGCGUGGACUUCGAGGUCCUCGCCAAAGAGUUUGACUGA